AUGGCAAAACUACAGGCUGCCACUGUAUCUAACCAGAUAAUUAGAAAACGCAAGCGAAAACAAGUCGAGGAAUCAGAAGAGGAAUCUCCAGCUCCGUCCGAAGCUGGCUCUGAAGCCGUCUCGACCACAUCAACGGUUGCUACAAAAGCCCACGAUGGUGGCACGAAGCCACAACGACUUCCCAAGCCAAAACCGCCCCCUAAACUAUCGCGGAACGCCUCUACGCUAUCAACCCCUGUUAACAGUGCUGUCCCAUGGCCUGCCUCCUUCCAGUCGCUCGAAAAGACUCAUCGCGCGCUGAACCUCGUCUUCACGUUCUGCUCUACGCGCAAACACCUUGCUACAACUUUCGACAAUAUUAAAUCGGCUGUGGAGGGACAUACAAAGCGGGAGCUGAGCAUUGAGGAUGUUGCGCGGAUCGUGGCUCUGCGUCCUGGUGGGAUGAACUUCUCCUAUGUGGAUGAGGCGAUGCUGCAGGUCGAUGUGAGGGGCUCCGAGAGAGACGACACAUUCAAGGGAGGCAGAGCUAAAACAUGGCACGCAGCUGGCCCGGCUCCAGAUGCCUCUGUGGGAGGCAUCACUGGCGCCGAAGGACUGGGAUAUGGUGGAAAUGUAACAGGAGAUGGCAAAGAAGUUCUUUUCUUCGAGUUUCUGGAUGGCGAUCUGAAGCGUCAGGUCAAGGAUAAGAAGACGGGGGAAGCUACUAAGGCUACGAGAAAGCUACGGGACGAGGACCUGAAGAUGCCAGUGUUCAGUCAGAAGCAGAUGAUGACUUUGAUUGAGAAGCGAAACCGCAAGUUUACAAGUGCUAUCAAUGCCUUCCUGAACCGCUGUGAGGCUGAGAACAUAGACCCCGAGGAUACAUUAUGUUCGGAGGCCAAACUGUACAUUCCAGAGCCUUCCUACUCACGGAUUACGUCACCGAAGCCUGACGCCAGUCUUCUGCCCAAAACUAUCCCAACAGAGAGAAAGAUGAUUUCGGAGAUUGUUAGCGAAAUCAGGGAAAGCGAGUGGUAUACCCAGCAGAUUGUUCCAGACGGUCAUCGAGUCUUUGAUCCGCAAGAAGCUAUCUAUGGUGACCUCAAUUUCCAGCUCAGUCAAGAUCUUGUGAAUGCCUUGUACAAUACCAAGAACAUCACACAGCUAUAUGCUCACCAAGCUGAGGCUAUCAACAAUCUACAUGAUGGUCACCAUGUCGUCGUUUCCACUUCAACGAGCUCUGGAAAGUCGUUGAUCUACCAGCUUCCGGUCCUACAUGAACUCGAAAAAGAUCAUAAUACCAGAGCCAUGUACAUAUUCCCCACCAAAGCAUUGGCCCAAGACCAACGGAGAAGUCUUAAGGAGAUGAUGAGGUUCAUGACCGGUCUCGAACAAACCAUCGUGGAGACAUUUGACGGCGACACUCCUAUGAGUGAUCGAAAUCUAAUUCGAGAGGAGGGUAGAAUUAUCAUCACCAAUCCCGAUAUGCUUCACAUUACCAUCCUCCCGCAAGAGGAGAAAUGGCGGACUUUCCUACAGAACCUCAAGUAUGUUGUAGUCGACGAGAUUCAUGUCUAUAACGGACUCUUCGGCUCGCACGUUGCAUUGAUCAUGCGCCGACUGAGGAGGAUUUGUGCGGCGGUAGGAAACCGUCAUAUCAAGUUCAUUUCGUGUUCUGCUACAGUUGCGAACCCCAUGGAGCACUUCAAGACCAUCUUCGGAAUCGAAGAUGUGAAAUUGACGGAUUUCGAUGGGUCGCCAUCUGGACGCAAAGAGUUCCUGUGCUGGAAUACACCAUUUAAAGAUCCUGGAGAUCCGGCAAGUGGUCGAGGAGAUACCAUGGCUGAGGCGGCAAGACUGUUCUGCCAGCUGAUAUUACGUGGUGUGCGGGUUAUCGCAUUCUGUAGGAUACGAAAGGGCUGCGAGGUUUUGGUGGGGGCUGUGAAGCAAGAGCUUGCCAAUCUCGAACGAUCGGAAUGUAUGGCUCGAGUAAUGGGAUAUCGAGGCGGCUACACGCCUCAAGAUAGACGUCGGAUUGAGAGCGAGAUGUUUGAGGGGAAAUUGAUGGGGAUCGUCGCUACUACUGCCCUAGAGCUGGGAGUCGACAUCGGAUCACUCGAUGCAGUCAUUACAGUAGGGUUUCCAUACUCGAUCUCAAACCUCCGACAACAGAGUGGUAGAGCUGGGCGUCGAAACAAGGACUCUUUAUCUGUCUUGAUCGGAGACUGUUUCCCUACGGACCAGUUCUAUAUGCAAAACCCGGACGAGAUCUUUACAAAGCCAAAUUGUGAACUGCAGGUUGACUUGCAGAAUCUUUUAGUACUGGAAGGCCAUGUCCAGUGCGCUGCCUACGAAAUGCCGAUUCGUCCAAAUGAAGAUUCUGCAUACUUCGGGAAGAUGCUCCCAGAACUGGCAGAAGAACGAAUGAUCAAAGAUGAGCUUGGUUUCUACCACUGCCAUGAUCGAUUUCGCCCUUUACCAUCCAAGUACGUCUCGAUCCGAGACACAGAAGAAGACCAUUUCGCGAUCAUAAACAUCACUCACGGCCAGAAUGUUGUGCUUGAAGAGCUUGAAGCGUCUCGAGCGUUCUUUACUCUAUACGAUGGCGGCAUAUUCUUGCAUCAGGGAAACACAUAUCUGGUAAAGGAAUUUAAUCCAGAGCGAAAAAUUGCCAAGGUGGAGCUCGUCAAGGUAGACUGGACCACUCAGCAACGUGACUUCACAGACAUCGAUCCAAUCGAGACUGAAGCCAUUCGCCGGAUACCCAAGUCCCUCUCACGCGCUUUCUACGGACAAAUCAAGAUCCAACAGACAGUCUUUGGCUUCUUCAAGAUUGACAAACGCCGGCGAAUUCUCGAUGCGGUACAAGUAGACAAUCCACCCGUCGUCAUAUUCAGCAAGGGCAUGUGGCUAGAUGUCCCAAAGCAAGCUCUCGAAAUACUAGUCGGGCGCCGUCUCAACGUGGCAGGAGCCAUCCACGCCGCCGAACAUGCAAUCCUCAGUCUCAUGCCCAACUUCGUGGUCAGCAUGCCCGGCGACGUGCGCACCGAAUGCAAAGUUCCACAGAAAGAAUUUGCACAGAAGGAAACAUCUCGCAAACGACCCGCCCGCCUGACCUUUUAUGACGCGAAAGGUGGAGCAGGCGGAUCAGGAAUCAGUACCAAAGCCUUCGAGUUCAUUGACUUACUGCUGAAGCAAGCAGUGAGGAGGGUUGAGGCGUGUCAUUGCUACGAGGGGUGUCAGGAGUGUGUAACGAGUGAGCAGUGCAAGCAUGCAAACGAGGUCAUGAGUAAGGCGGGCAGCGAGGUCAUUUUGAAGAGUUUGCUCAAUAUGGAGAUUGAUAUCGAUGCACUUCCCAUGGGACCCGAGGAGUUGGGCCCGGCUGGCAUCGAGACUGUCGUGCUUGCGAAGCCUGUUCUUCCAAAAGGCAGGACUGUUGAAAUUACUGAGCCUGGCGCGGGUCGUAAUAAGAGGGCUCAUGUUGUAGUUGGGAGGCUCGAUGAAGAUGGUGUGGAGACGGAGGUGGCCAUCAAAGCUGAGCCUGAGGAUUGA